CUGGCGGUGGGGCGGGGAGGGGGCGGAGCUCGCGCCGCGAGGUUCCGGCCUUGGGGGCGAGGCCCCGGCCGCCCUGCCGCGUUCUGCCGCGGCGUCCCACUCUUCCGGCUUCGAGUUCCAUCCGGCGUCUCCACCUUCCGCCCAGCGCAGGCUGUGGGCGGGAGGGUAGCUGGGUUCUACCGUCGCGCGGCCCUUGCGGCGCCCGAGCCCGCAAUGUCGGGCCCCAACGGGGACCUGGGCGUGCCGGUGGAGACGGGCGCGGAAGGCGAGGACGACGGCUUCGCGGAAGCAGAAUAUGCUGCCAUCAACUCCAUGUUGGACCAGAUCAACUCCUGUCUAGACCACCUAGAGGAGAAGAACGACUACCUCCAUGCCCGCCUCCAGGAGCUGCUUGAGUCCAACCGGCAGACACGCCUUGAGUUCCAGCAGCAGCUUGGGGAGGCCCCUAGUGAUGCCAGUCCCUAGGUUCUGGGAGCCCCCAACCAGCCCAAACCCUGCCUCCCUGGGCUAGGCUCUGGCCUGGGCACUCACCACCUGGCUUAGAUACCUUCUCAAGGGCUGGCCUACAGGUCCCCUGGUGGGUCUGCCUGCCUCAGUCACCCUUCCGGUACUCCCCUUGGCAUGCCUGGGCCAGCCCCCACACCCAACAUCCCCUCCUGGGGUCAGGUGUGGGCCCACGACCCACCCACUUAGCCUGCUUGCCCAGUUCCGGGGCACUCCCCACUCUGCCCAGGCCUUGAGCGUCCAUAUUAAACGGGUCUCCAACAGCA